AUGGUUUAGUUUUUAUUGUUCGUAUUUAAUUGUAUAAAUUAUAAGGGUUCUAUUUUGUUGAAUAAUAAUUUUAAUUUCAAUUACACUUUCAAUAUUUUUGCGCCCAAUAUAAUAUCUAGAUAGUUACUUAAUCGUGUUACAGGUUCUGAUGAUGUGUGGAAACAGAAAAGAAAGGAUUUUAAUAAUUAUUUAAAGAAAUCUCGUGUAGACAAUGAUUAUUAUAAAACAUUUACUAAAAGUGCUGACAAAUUGGUCGAUAUUAUGCUGGAAAGAUCAUACUCCGGUGUGGAUUCGAAGGCUGCAUGCACAGCUGUAGCACAUGACCUUUCUUUGAAAACCUUGUUUGGUGUUGAGACAAGUUUAGCAUAUCAUCCCGAGAUUAUAGCAUUAUUGAACAGGGCUAAGGAACUGGCAUCAAUUCUUGCAUUUAACGUCUCUUUAAUCAGUCCAUUAUUUUCCAUUCUGCAAUCAGUGUCAGAUGUACUUUAUGGAAAAUUACUGAAACUGCGGAAAUUGGUGUUAGAUGAGAUAGAUAAUCAGCUCAAAUCAAACCAGCAGCCACAUCAAGAGCUGCCUUUCUCAACGUAUAUGGUAUUAAGGAACAGAAGAGAUAAUGAAGGUGAACAAAAAAUAUUUAGACAUGUUCACGAAGUGUUCGUAACAGCUGGGCACACUGUUGCUUCUAAAUUAUCAAACACAAUAUGUUUUUUAGCAGUCCUGCCUGAUAUUCAAGAAAGAGCUUGGCAAGAGCAAUAUGAAAUAUUUGGCAAUGAUAUCAGAGAUCCAACAAUUGAGGAAUUAAGUCAAAUGAAGUUUCUUGAUAGGUUCCUAAAAGAAUCCUUUAGAUUUCUUGGUCCUCCAUUUCUUGGGAAAGAAGCUACUGCUGAUAUAAAUGUUGAUGGAAUAACAAUACCCCGUGGUGCUAUUGUGGUUUACCUGCUCAGAUAUAUAAAAUUGCAUCCAAAAUAUUGGAACAAUCCAAACAUUUUUGACCCAGAUCGCUUUCUCGAUGAAAACGAUUAUUUGAAAUUUAGUUACUCACCAUUUGGAAUUGGUAUUAGAAACUGCCCAGGUGAAUAUUAUGGAACAAUAUUUCUAAAAAUUGCAUUGUCCAAAAUGUUAAGAAGAAUAAAAUUUAGACCAGUUGAAAAAGAUUUCCGGUUUGAAGAUAUCAAAUUUAAGAGUUACCUUUUUCUGGAAGUGGACAAUCCUCCUAAGCUACAAAUUGAAAAAAGAACAUGAUAUAUCUUAAUUAUUUAAUUAAUAAUUGCUAAAAUAAUGGUUAAUAUUAAUGUAGCUCCUUAAUGUUAUAUUUUAUUUGUUCUGUUUUACAAAUAAUGAUCUGUUAUACAACGUUCAGAACAGGAUACUCUGGGACCCAUCUCCCAACCUGCUCGGCCAUCACGUUAUAAUUUCUUAUAUUAUAAUAUUCACAAUUAUAUACAUGUUUUGAAAGAUGAUAUGGUAAUAAUUUAAUUUAUAUUUUUUCCAGUAAUAUAUUAAUUUUCUCACUGCAAAAGCCUAGAAAAUCAAUCAUAUUAGAGGCCAUGAUUUUAAGUUUUCCUGGUCAGUCUAAGCCUCAGUUAUGUUUAG